AAUAGCUGAAAAAAAAAAAACAAAAUGGAAAAAAGCCACUUAAUUACACCCGGCCAAUCAGUGCCCUGACUAUAACUAUCUCUAGAAUCGUAUAACUGAAAUACUUUCGACUUUGCACUGGCCGUUCCAAAGUGCAGGGACCUGACAACUUAGCUACAAUCGCAUGCUUUAGUUUCGUAUAUAUUUAUUUGAAAACUGCACCCUUGCUUAUCAAUUCUAUUUAGGUUUUCCCAGAUUUAGUUUCUUUCCUGUGAAACUUACUUCGGGCAGUUGUCGUUUUUGUUUGAUUUCUAUUUUUUAUAAUCUUUGUAAUCUAUGUGCAUGACGACUUUUGAUUUAUUGACCAGGUCCACUUUUUCCACUAUCUAUGUGUCUUUAUCAGAGAUUCGCUUUUUUAUGAGACAAUUAGCCGAAGCGAUUUCCUUGCUUUCGUUUUGCUUUAUUAAUUCGCGUAUGUUAGGACACCCAAUCAUGGCUGUGUACGAUAAGUGCACAGGUUGACAGGCCAUAUAGACUGUGCAGGUGGUCCUGAUAAGAGAGUCGCGCGGCCCAAAAAAAUAACAAUUAUUGUGUAUCCCCCAAAUAAUCAGGAAACUCGGCUGUACAAUUGCUAUUCACCCUUAUUGACUCACUCUGAAAAUUUAAAAAAUAUUUACUGAUAAAAUUCCAUGGAAUAUAUACAAAUGUAGGCUAUAAAAGACUUAUCUGUCAGUGCGAAAAUGAUAUACAUAUUUCCAAAUGAGAGUUAACUUAUAACACAUUCCCCUGGAAGAUAAAUUGUUCAACUCGAUACUAGCUGUAUUUUCUAAAAGCUGCAAGUAUGGAAUUCAAAAGCUGGUUCUCGCAGCCUUUCGUUAAAGCCGAUGACGAAGAAACUGAGUUAGUCGAUCCACAAGAAGCCCUAAGAGCAAAAUGCGAAGCUAAAGAUCAUAUUCAGUCUUUGUACAAGAAGUAUCAAGAGUGCAAUGAUCGUGUAAAUGGCCGAACCAAAACAACUGAAACAUGCGUGGAGGAAUUGUUUGACUUCGUUACUGAAUUGGAUCAUUGCGUUGCUCACACUCUUUUCUCAAAGCUUAAGUAAAAACUUCAAAAUUAGCAAUUAAAUAAAGGAACUUCUUAUGCAGCGUGUUUUAACACAAUAAAUCAGAAUAAAUACAUUUUUUCCAGCUACAGCUUGUUAAGGAAAAGCACCAGCUGAGAAAUGUCUCUAUCUAAUUUUUACUAUCUAAAUGGAACGCUUUCAGUCGGCUGAUAAGGUUUAUGUAUUUUUGUUAUGCCAACGUCGGGAACUAAAACCGCUUGCUUCAUAAAUUUGUGUGCAACUUGCUAUAAACUCUAUAAACUUUAAAAUAAUGUGCAUUGCUUUAAGUCAAAUCAUAAAUAAGAAAUGUACAGUGCGUUAGGGAUCAGGAAAUCUUUAUCCGUUACUAUGGCUAAACUAGCUUUUCAUCGCAUAUCUCAACUCCUACUUCCCCUACAGGCCAAGCCCAUUAACCAGAAAAUGUUGGUCGAUGAGUCCAAGUACGCGCCGGAUGACAUUGAGGUUUAACUUUUGCAAAUGUGUUUUUAAUAGUUUAAUAAUACUAUUUGUUUUGGAACAUACACACAUGACACACAUGACACACAGACACAUUGGGGCACCCCCAUACCCCGCACACAUGAACAUAGCACACGCACAAUACACGUUCCAAGGACUGGUGAUCGUACCCAGAGUUAAAUUCCCUGUUUGGAGAACCUUUUUGGUGUUGGUCAACGAAACAUGAUCUCCUGAGCUAUGGCCCUCACCUCCUCAACAAACCCUCGAAAACUGACAUGUCUGUUAUCUCUCUGUCGACUUUACUUUGUGGUCCCUCCCCUAAUCUAGCGUUUAUUUGAAUAGCCACCUCUGACACAACAACGAAGUAA